CCUACCGCGUUAACUGCUUUUUUUUCUUUUUUCACCAGCACAUUAAAUUCGUGUGUUAAAUCCGUGAAUUAAUAGUUGAUAAAUAAGAGUGAUUAAUAAAAACGAUCGUUAUUCUCGUGCGUGGCUAUGAGAUGGAUGAGGAGCGCGUGAAUAUUUUCACAAAUAAUGGAUGUAAGCUCGUUGGUCCCGGCGGGACUUCAAGGAGGGCAAACAGACGCGUGCGAGGUUCAAGCGGGAUAUAAUAAAUUUUCGGAAAACUUGCGAAGAUUCACACCGCAGGCUAUACAGUGUGCCAUUUUUUGCGGCGGGUCCAGAUGCAAAUAUGAGAAUCCAAAGGCCUGGCCGGCUGUUCACAUGGCAAUACAGAACAUCUUUUCGCAUUGGGUGACUGACGAUGUCCUUGCGAUGGCACGACCCAAUACCGCGAUGAUAAUAAAGAAAGAUAUAAUUGCCCAAUUCCAAGGAUGGAGUAUAAAAACCAUAAUAAACCUGCAGACACCUGGCGAACACGCGAGUUGCGGUGGUCAACUAGAAGAGAGCGGCUUUACAUAUGAUCCUAACAUUUUUAUGAAAAACGGCAUUUAUUAUUAUAACUUCGCCCUGAAGGAUUAUGGUAGCGCCACGAUGGGAAAGCUUUUGGACAUGGUCAAGGUUGUGGCCUUCGCCGUGCAAGAAGGAAGAGUGGCCAUUCACUGUCAUGCCGGUCUCGGUAGAACUGGCGUUCUGAUAGCGUGCUACCUUAUUUACAGUCUUCGUGUAAGAGCAAACGAUGCCAUUAGAUUUGUCCGCAUGAAGCGUCCCUCCGCCAUACAAACGCGCGGGCAAAUAAUUUGCAUCCAAGAAUUCGAGCACGUCGUGCUUCCGCAAAUGAUAGUAUUCUCUUUGUACAGUACAACGGGGGAUCGCAAGCCCUAUAGCCUUCAAUCGUACCUGAAAAAGCAAUACAACAUGUUACACGGAUAUGAGCAGCGCACCUUCAAGCACAUUCCAAAAAUCGUUUUUAUUAUUUGCGAGCGAAUACUACAGCUCUGCGACUGUCAGGAAGACAAUUCGCCUUCCGAGAUUGCAUACACGGUUUCCAACGUACCUUUUACGCAAAAGUUCAUUUGCCACGUAUUGGAGAAAUUCCGUGACAGCAAGGGUAAUAUGCGGCACUCCUAUUCCUGGGCGGAAUCCCUCACGGACUCCUACGAAUACUCAACUUUCACAAAAGCGUGCAGCAGUAGUCAGGGAUCGUCCCGAGGUACCUGCGAUGAUAUAGGAAGAUUGAGCGAUGUAUUUUGCAUGUCACCGGAUACUCCUUCCUGCGACUCCACAUUUCCAGGUCUGGACGACACUUGCGUGGAUGACGUCCUAGGCGAUGGCAUUCACGAUCAGGAUCUGCUUGAUAACGACUGUUACAAGGAAAUUCAGUCGCACAUGGACUUAAGGCACGUCUCCCGCAAUGAUUACGAAAAGGUGACUGCCGAAGAAGCUAUCAAAGCGCUCAUCAGAGAUAGCGCCUCACUUCCUGAUAUCAUAAAGAAACGUUUGCAGAAUUAUCAGAUUGACUUGAAUCAUCGAUGUACUGCUUGGCAGCGAUUAGAAUUGGAAACUGAUUUGGAGUUAUUAUCGACAUUACUGUUCGAAUGGUUGGAAAAUCUUAAACAUCCCCUUCUUGAUGUUGACAGCCUCAGUUACAUUGUCGCGUGGAGUUCGAAGCCGCAGCGAUGCCUUGGAAAGUUACCCGUCUAUGCAAGAUAUUUAUUAGAAUACCUUUUGCGAUUCGUUACUCGCUUAAGGCCUGUGACAGCUGAAAGUCAGAGUUUAAUUACCAAAAGGCUAAUAGCGGCACUGACGCAGCAAAAAAUUUGGAUCAAAAAUUGUUUUCACCCACCAAGUAAACAUUUCCAGAAACUGCGACGCGGCACCGCUGGUAAGCUUAACGAAUUCUUUGUUCGCCUGAUGAACUUGAUAGAGGAAGUUAACACUCAAGGACUGGACAAGCCUCCAUGGGCGUCCAAGUGGGAACUGUUAUCUAAUCAUUUGCGGGAUAUAGAUAAUCAAAAGAACAACGGAUGAGUGUGACAAAUUUUACCCGGUUUAGCAUUCCGAUGGAUUUUUUUUCUAUAAUUGCCAACGAUAUAGAUAGACGUCUAAUCUUUCUUUUUCACCAGGUAUGGACAAAACAUAAUAAUUUAUAAAUUAUGCAAGUAGUUCGCAAUAUAUUAACAAUUUUCUUGUUAAAGCAGUGAAAAAAAUGUCUUGUCUGUAAUAGCAGCUGCAGAUAACCGUCUAUAGGCAGGUUUCAAUAGACUAUAAUAAACUAAGGAAUUAAAGGAUGAAUUUUCUAAUAUAAAAUAGAAUAUAUAAUGGAUAAUACCUUUGUUACUGUAUUUUAAUAUUGAAAAUCAUUUAUACUCUGCCUGCGAAAAGUUUGACAAUCGCGCACUGCGGCAUAUACUGUUUGUAAUCGAGCACUGUUAUUAUUUCAAACAAAGAUUUAGACAAAUCGACUUCCAAUAUUAUCAACGUGAAUUUAUAGCUUGCUUAAAACUUGAGAAUUAUAGUACGCGAAUAAUUAUAGUACGGAUCUAGCUUUCAAUUAACUCUGAAUGUUAACUACGAUUUUAUAAUUAUAAAUCUAUAAUUAUUAUUUUUACAAUGAAAUAUUCUAUGUGAUUUGAUUUUUGAAGGGAAUCUUAACAUAUAUAAUAAUAAUUGCGUUAGUUUUAUGUA